AUGCUGCCGGUACGCGCAUUACGAGCAGCCGUGAGGGCUAGCUCUCGUCGUGUCUCUCCUCGAGCCACUCUUCUGACUCCUGCAGUCGCAACAAGCCUCUCCCUGCGAACAUCACAAGCUGCUUACUCUUCCGCCCGAUCGAACGACUCGACUACGCGCGCUGCCGUUAUACAGGUGCUUAACAAUGUCGGAUCUAAGCGAGAGGUCAAGCAAUACCUUUCCCAUUUCUCCUCCGUCUCCUCCCAGCAAUUCGCUGUGAUUAAGGUUGGAGGUGCUAUCUUGACCGACUAUCUGGAUGAACUCUGUUCAUCGUUAGCCUUUUUAUACCAUGUCGGACUUUUCCCGAUCAUCGUCCACGGUGCUGGUCCUCAGCUCAACAAGCUCCUCGAGGAUGCUGGUGUCGAACCCCAGUUUGAGGAAGGAAUUCGUAUUACCGACGGCAAGACUUUAGGAAUUGCGAGGCGACUUUUCCUAGCGGAAAACCUGAAGCUCGUUCAGCGUCUAGAAGAGAUGGGCGUCCGCGCUCGACCCAUCACUUCGAGCGUCUUCACCGCUGAUUAUCUCAACAAGGAUAAAUGGAAGUUCGUUGGAAAAAUCACCGAAGUUAACAAGGAGCCCAUUCAAACUGCUAUAGAGAACGGCUAUCUACCUAUCCUUACUUCCAUGGCGGAGACGAGAGAGGGCCAAGUACUGAAUGUCAAUGCCGAUGUCGCAGCGGGAGAACUAGCUCGCGAACUCGAACCGCUAAAGGUUGUCUAUCUUAGCGAGAAGGGUGGGUUGUUUGACGGUAACGUGCAGAAGAUCUCUGCCAUCAAUCUCGAUGAGGAAUACGACCAUAUCAUGUCACAGCCCUGGUGCAAGUUUGGAACCCGAUUAAAGAUACGCGAGAUUAAGGAACUUCUGGAGACCCUUCCGCGUUCGUCUAGCGUCGCCAUCAUACAUCCUGCUGACCUGCAGAAGGAGCUGUUCACAGAUUCCGGGGCCGGUACUCUCAUUCGCCGAGGAGAUAAGUUGAUGACUGCAGAGAGCGUUGCGGACUUUAGCGAUCUUGAAAAGUUGAAAGAUGUGCUUGUUCGGGAUCGCGAGGUCCGUGAUGCUAGGGCUACGGUGGAUCGUUACUUAGAAUUUUUGAGCGGACGGAAAUUUAAGGCUUAUUUCGACGAACCCAUGAAGGCUCUUGCGGUUGUCCUCGACCCCGCUCCGGACCAAUCAUAUUCGACCUUGGCCACUUUGACGAUAACUAAGUCUGGCUGGUUGACAAACGUCGCUGACAACCUCUUUGCUGCUAUUAAGAAGGAAUAUCCUAGCUUAGUCUGGACUGUCAAGGCCGAUGAUGAAAACCUUACAUGGUUCUUCGGCAAGGCCGACGGAAGCAUUGUCAGGGGUAACGAUGUCAUGUUCUGGUACGGCAUCGAGCCUGGAGAGGAAUUAAACAAGCUCAUGAGAGAAUUUACCCUUCACGGCCGGGCAAUGCUUGGCGAUUCCAACCUGGAGUCGAGGCUCCACCGGGCAGCCCAGAUUGCCUCUGAGAAUCUACGAGCACACUUUGCUUCUGGCUCCGCGGCUAACCAGGCUCGAGGUUACUCUACUCUUGCCCGUCGUUCUAUUUUAGGAGCUACAUCAAUGGGCGCCUUCUCCCGCGGAUCGCGCAGAGGCUUUGCGACAGAGACCAACCCCAACCCCCCGUACGGCAAGAAGCAUGCAUCAAAUACGCAACCCUCUAGGGUCGCGCUGAUUGGCGCUCGAGGCUACACUGGACAGAAUCUGAUCAGCCUUAUUAACACGCACCCCAAUUUCGAACUUCGUCACGUGUCAUCACGAGAAUUAUCGGGACAGAAGCUAGAAGGUUAUACAAAAAAAGAAAUUAUCUACGAGAAUCUAAGCUUCGACGAUGUGUACGAAAUGGAGAAGAAAGGUAAAAUAGAUGUGUGGGUGAUGGCGUUACCGAACGGUGUUUGCAAGCCGUACGUUGACGCUAUCAACAAGGCCAAGGAAUCUUCUUCUUCUAGGGAAGAUAACAGCAUAAUUGUUGACCUCUCCGCUGAUUAUCGAUUCGAUAAAUCGUGGACCUAUGGUCUUCCUGAGUUGGUUAAGCGAUCCGACAUUGCUCAGGCCACUCACAUUUCGAACCCCGGUUGCUACGCCACAGCAGCCCAGCUUGGUAUUGCUCCUCUCGUGGAGUUUCUCGGCGGCCAGCCUACCGUCUUUGGAGUUUCUGGGUAUUCAGGGGCAGGCACUAAGCCUUCUUCGAAAAACAACGUGGAGCUCCUAACCAACAAUAUCAUCCCUUACAGCUUGACCGACCAUGUUCACGAGAAGGAGAUUAGCAGUCAGCUCGGUGUUGAUGUAGGGUUCAUCCCACACGUCGCAGUGUGGUUUCAGGGCAUCCACCACACAAUUAACAUUCCCUUAAAUAAGACAAUGACUUCACGAGAUAUCAGACAAAUGUACCAAGAUAGGUACGCGGGCGAGAAGCUGGUCAAAGUGGUAGGAGAGGCGCCAUCAGUAAAGGCUAUCAGCGGGAAGCACGGUGUUGAGAUAGGCGGGUUCGCGGUUCACAGUUCUGGGAAGCGAGCAGUCAUCUGCGUGACAAUCGAUAAUCUUCUCAAGGGAGCCGCAACACAAUGUCUACAAAAUAUGAACUUGGCUCGCGGGUAUGGGGAGUUUGAAGGUAUACCUCCAAUGGAAUAG